UACUAGCGCCGCCUCGGCUUUUAAGCGGAGUUGAUGCCUUUUUAUUACCCCGUUCAAGUCACUGCUUUUUUUUUUACCGAAGAACAGGAUAUAUAUUCGAAUGUUGUUGCAUCUUCUCUGAAGAAAAGUCUUGAGGAUUAUUUUACAAGUGAAUUGUUGCAUCACCAUGAAUGUUGUUAGUGUGACAGAUUGGACGUGCGAAUAUUUCUUGAAUAAUCGAGCAUCAUGCAAAAUCUUCCUGGAAAAUGUCGAGGAGGUGAGAGAAAUUCCCUCGAUCAAUUCAACUGCUCUUCACAAUCUGAGGGAUGGACAAUUGGUGAGAUUCCGAGGGAUGAUCCAGGAUAUGUACAAUCCUGAGUUUUAUUUUGAACGGUAUGAGGUUAUAGACAGAAAUGGAGGGAAGAUUAUACGCAGUGGAAUGUACAGAGAUACUGCACUCUGUCAGGAAAACGAGAGCAUUCUCCUGGAGUCUGAAAACAACAAGAACGCUGAAAGACAGACAUUCGUAGUUAUUUCAGUACCAGGCCUGAAUGACUGGGCUCGAGAGAAGUCGCCAGACUUGAAACUUACUCUGGAGAAAUCCCCACGUCUUUCUAUGAAACGGCCCCUCGAAGAAGAUGAGGAAGCAAUGGAUACCACCGAGCCUGCGAAGAAAAGGGAGAAGGAGGAAAUCAAUCUCAAUGGGAUGGAAAGAAGAGAUAAAUCAUUGCCAGAAAAUCUCUUGAAUUUUCCUAUUCCCAUAGAAGGAGGUAGAGCCUGCAUUGUGAAGGUUUACGAAGAAGAUGCUGCAUUCAAAUUAAAUCAAGUUGUUGACGUCAUUGGGUUCAUAUCACUGGAUCCAACAGUUCACACGGUCUGUGAUCCAGAAGAAUUGGAAUACGAUGCUGAAAUUCGUACCCACAAUCCUCCCACAUCGUUGAUUCCUCGGUUACAUGCCGUUGCAAUCACCCACUCAAUUGAAGAUCUGCCGAGGAGAUAUCCUCACAUUACUCCAAAUAUUGGCUCCACCAGGAGCAAUUUGCACAAGAUGUUCAGCCACGUUCUUUUCGGUGAUGAUUUAGCAGCAGAUUUCCUCAUUGCUCAUUUGUUAUCUACUGUGUACUUGAGGAGGAAUGAUUUAUGCUUGGGCAAUUAUCCUCUGAAUAUCACGAAUUUUCCAAUCGAAAAAUUUCCUGAUUUUCCAAGAAUUCUUUACGACGUGCUCAAAAAAAUAGUCCCGAAGAGUCACUAUUUUGAAUGCACGUUAGAUAGUUUGAACAAUGGCUGUUUUGUACCAAAAAAAGAUUACGAGAGCAAUCGAUUAACAAGUGGCGCUCUCCAACUGAGUAACAACACUCAUCUCGUAAUCGAUGAAACAAAACUCACAGCUGGCAAACUCUCUGUGGAGGGGAGGAAAAAUUACCAAGCGAUUGAUAAUUUAUUGACGCUCCAAAAAGUCACGUACGAUUUCAAAUUCUACACGAUGGAACACGAGGCAGACAUUCCCAUUCUUAUACUGUCAGAAACUAAGUCCUUCCUACCAUGCACCGUUCAAGUGCCCUUAAGUAUCGAUAAAGACGUUGAGAAUGGAUAUUCAAAAGUUGAUCAGAUCUUGACACUGCACUUGGGGGAUGAGAAUCGAGUAGAGGAUGUGAGGCAGUAUCUUAGAAAAUUGCAACGACUCGUUUUUCAAAUUGAUGAGGAAAUCACGAGUGCAAUUCAAGAGGACUUUGUGGAACUGCGAAAAUUAGAUGAUAAAAUAAACGGAGACAAUCUGCACUUGUUGAUUGUCCUCGCCAGGUUGAUGGCCAUCUCCCACGGGGAGACUUCCCUAACCCUUCCCCGGUGGAAAGACACCGUCAGGAAAGAAAUUCAACGUCUAGGGAGAGUACGCCAACGAACAAAAUAAAAAAAAAACCUCCUAAAAUAAA